AUGGUGGCCGCGGUCUCCAGGCCAGCAGCAACCGGGUCGGCCGUCUCCGCAGUCGCCGCAUUGACCGUCGUCGUCCCCCGAGAGUUUCGCGUGGGUGUUGACAGGUUUCGGAAAGGAGAUGACUGCUUGGAAAAGGAUCAAGCCAAGCACAAGAGUCGCACAAACUUGCAUCUUGAUCGUUGGUGCGGAUUAUUAUCAAUUGUUGGCGUCACCUUCAAUGGUGUGCAGAAAGAGGCCGAAAGGAGAUCGAUGAUGAUUGGCUGGUGUGAUGCGAUUGCGAGCAUGUGGGCGUUCCAAGAGGUACUCAACAAUAACCCCGGGCUCAACAGGGACUUACAAAGAGGCGUUGUAAACUCCUUAUCAAUCAAUCAACCCUUGCCAUACUGCUGA